CUGCGGUCCUAGCCUGACUGAACCAUGGCGACAACUCCCGCUGCUGCCUUUGAGGCCCUCAUGUCUGGAGUGACAAGCUGGGAUGUCCCCAAAGACCCCAUCCCCAGUGAACUCCUUCUGACUGGAGAGGCCGCCUUCCCAGUCAUGGUGAAUGACCAGGGCCAGGUCCUCAUUGCCGCCUCCUCCUAUGGUCAAGGCCGCCUUGUGGUUGUGUCCCACGAGGGCUACCUGCUGGAGGCCGGCUUGGCCCCAUUUCUUCUCAAUGCAGUGGGCUGGCUCUGUCCCUCGCCUGGGGCUCCCGUUGGAGUGCACCCAUCCCUGGCAUCACUAGCCAGCAUCCUGCAGGGCUCUGGGGUUGAGGCCCAGAUUCAGCCAGAACCGGGAGAACCCCUGGGGGUUUACUGCAUCGAUGCCUACGAUGACACCAUGACUGAAGAGCUGAUCCAGUUUGUGAAAUGUGGAGGGGGCUUGCUCAUCGGGGGCCAGGCCUGGUAUUGGGCCAAUGAGCACGGCAGCGACAAGGUGCUGUCCAAGUUCCCUGGGAACCAGGUGACCAGUGUGGCCGGAGUGUACUUCACUGACACCUGUGGGGACAAUGGCCAGUUCAAGGUCUCUAAGAAGGUGCCCAAGAUCCCUCUCCAGGUCAGGUGUGGCGAGGAUCCCCGGCAGGAUCAGCAGCAGCUCCUGGAAGGGAUCACAGAGCUGGACAUCCAGACGGGAGCGAUCCCCUCGCAGCUGCUGGUGCACGGGGCCCUGGCCUUCCCCCUGGGCUUAGAUGCCUCCCUCGGCUGCUUCCUGGCAGCUGCCCGCUAUGGCCGGGGCCGGGUGGUCCUUGCUGCCCACGAGGGCAUGCUCUGUGCUCCCAAGAUGGAGCCCUUUUUGCUCAAUGCUGUGCACUGGCUGGCCAGAGGCCAGACGGGCAAAGUUGGGGUGAACACAAGUCUGGAAAACCUGUGUGCCCUGCUGUCAGAGCAUGGCCUGGAAUGCAGUCUGGAGCCCCAUCUGACGGGAGACCUGUGUGUCUACUGCUGUGUGGCUUACAGUGACGAGGAGGCUACGCAGCUGCAGGAGUUUGUGGCCGAGGGUGGGGGCUUGCUGAUCGGGGGCCAGGCCUGGUGGUGGGCCUCCGAGAACCCAGGCAGCUCCGCUCUGGCUGGCUUUCCUGGUAACGUCAUCCUCAACUGCUUUGGCCUCAGUGUCCUAGCUCAGACAGUGAACCCAGGCUGCUUCCCUGUCCCUUCCCCGGAGAAGCAGAGCUACCACUUCCGCAAGGCGCUCUCUGAAUUCCAGGCUGUCCUGAAUCAUGGGGGUGGGAACUUGGAAAAGAGCUGGCUAGCCAGACUGGGAGUCGAUGGUGCAGCUUUCCUCCAGAUUCCGGCCGAGGGGGUCCCUGCUUAUGCGUCCUUGCACCGGCUCCUGCGGAAGACUCUGCGCCUGUCGGGCCUCCCAGCUGUGAGCCGGGAAAACCCAGUUGCCAGUGAUACCUGCGAGGCGGCAGUGCUCUACCUGGCCACAGAGCUGGCGCACUCCGGCAAUGACUGCUCCCAGCUGGCGCAGGAGCUUGGGGUCUGGUCCUGCAGCCCCAGUCUUUCCAUCUCAGAUCAUCCCAUCACGGUGGAGAUCGAUGGAAGCAACCCAGGUAGCGAGGAUGCCUGGGUGAGUACAGGGCUCUACCUCCAAAAUGGACAAAAUGCAGAAGUCUCCUUGUCUGAAGCUGCGGCCUCUGCUGGCCUGAAGGUACAGGUUGGCUGCCACACCGAUGACUUGACGAGCGCCAGCAAGCUGUCUCGAGCCCCCGUGGUGACUUACCAGUGCAGCAUGGAUAGGACCACACGGUCCGUCGCCUGCCUUUGGGGUGGUCUUCUCUAUGUCAUCGUGCCCAAGGGCAGUACAUUGGGCCCUGUGUCUGUCACCAUCAGAAGAGCUGUGCCUGCCCCGUAUUACAAGCUGGGUAAGACGUCCCUGGAGGAGUGGAGGAACUGUAUCCAGGAGAGCCCAGCUCCCUGGGGGGAGCUGGCAACAGACAACAUCAUCUUGACACUGCCAACUGCAGACCUCAGGGGCCUGGAUGACCCCGAGCCCUUGCUCCGCCUCUGGGAUGAGAUGAUGCAGGCCAUAGCCAGGCUGGCGGCCCAGCCCUUCCCUUUCCUCUGUCCAGAGAGGAUUGUUGCCGACGUGCAGCUCUCAGCCGGCUGGAUGCACGCAGGGUACCCCAUCAUGUGCCACCUGGAGUCGGUGCAGGAGCUCAUCAGUGAGACAGGCAUGAGAAGCAGAGGUCUGUGGGGACCCAUCCACGAGCUGGGCCACAACCAGCAGCGUUGGCAGUGGGAGUUCCCCCCGCACACCUCCGAGGCCACCUGCAACCUGUGGUCAGUCUACGUGCACGAGACGGUCCUGGGCAUUCCCAGGGAUCAGGCCCACCCUGCUCUGAGCCCUCCAGAACGAGAGAAGAGGAUCAAAACACAUCUGGGAAAGGGAGCCCCCCUGAAUGACUGGGAGUUGUGGACAGCUCUGGAACUGUAUCUACAGCUCCAGGAGGCCUUUGGGUGGGAGCCAUUCACCGAGCUCUUUGCUGAGUACCAGACCCUGUCUGACAUCCCCGAAGACAACCCUGGCAAGAUGAACCUGUGGGUGCAGAAGUUCUCUGAAAAGGUGCAGAAGAAUCUGGCUCCUUUCUUUGAGGCCUGGGGCUGGCCAGUCCAGAAGGAAGUGGCUGACAGCCUGGCCUGUCUGCCUGGGUGGGAGGAAAACCCCAUGCUUAACGAGCAGUCUUUAUGCCCCAGGGAUCGUGUGAGGUACUUCCUAUGAGUUACCUCGUGGAAUCUUCACGACAAACCUCUGAGUUACUCCAUUUCACAAAUGAGAAAACAGUCACUUAGGGAUGUUAAAUUACCUCUGAAAUCACAGAAGAAUCGGGGCUUUUGCAAUUAAAAAAUUGUGGCACUUUCCUCCAUGAAUGAUUUAUAAUUUAAACAAAAAUUCACCUAGAAAAUGUAAGUUCAAUAAAGUUCUGAUUCAUACCAUGUUCACUAUUGAAUUGUUAUUAAACAUGAAAUUUAACCUCCAAGAGGGUACUGCUCCUG